UCAGACUUUUUAAAUUGGAAACGUAAUUAUGAAUCAGAAACUUGCAGUUGCUUUUACCAUCGUAAAAAUUUAACACGUAGUGGACGUAGAGUAGAAUAUUGGUAUUGCAACCGUUCAGGUAGUUACCAGAGUGCAUUACAAAGUCGUAGACGAAAAUUAAAAUCUCAAGGAAUUCUUAAAAUAAAUAAUAAUUGUACAUCUUCAAUAACUCUAACUGUAAAUGAAAUUGAAGGCACUGUUCAAGCUGUUAUAUACCAUACACAUUAUGGACAUGAAGCCGAACUUGUACAUUUACGAAUCCCUAAGAGUGAUAAACAAGAAAUAGCUUCCAAAUUAUUACAAGGUGUWAAUAUUGAAGAUAUAUUGUCAUCUUAUAAAGAAGAUGGAUUAUCUAAACAAACUGAACGAAAACAUUUAAUAAAACGAAGAGAUAUAUUAAACAUUUCAAAAAAAUAUAAUGUUCAUAUUAUAUGUCCAAAAGUGCAACCAUCAAAAAAUAAAAUAAAAAAUGAAUCUAUUCAAGAAACUGUUGAACCUCUUGUUAUGUACUCGUUACCAAAUACGAUCGAAGCUAAUAAGAGACACCUUACUGCUUCUCAAMUUGCAUUAUCWUUUGUGAGCUCAAUUCAUGAAAAUGUUUGGAAAAUUUCUAUUGGAAAUUUUUUAUUUUCAAAUUAUUCUUCAAAUAAUAAUAAUCAAGGAGUUUAUGUWACCAAAAAUAAUGUAGUAUCAUGUUCUAGCGRUGAUUGUAAAUCUUAUUGUAACUAUUGUAAAAUUUGUUACCAUGCAUACUCUUGUACAUGCUCAGAAUUUAUCUCUAAAACAGUUAUUUGCGAACAUGUCCAUUUAACUGUAAUAUUUCAAGCAAAUCAGCCUUAUCAAUAUGAUAAUCACACAGAAAGAAAUAUAUAUGGAAACCAAGAUCAUACAAAGUAUACCCAAAACUGUGUAGAAUCUCCUAAUACCCAACAACCUAUUAAAAAUGAAAUCCAAGAUCAUACAAAUUAUACUCAAAUAUGUGCAGAAUCUCCUAAUACCCAACGACCUAUUAAAAAUGAAAUCCAAGAUCAUACAACGUAUACCCAAAAAUGURCAGAACCUCUUAAUACCCAACAACCUAUUGAAAAUGAAAUUCAAGAUCAUUCAAAAUACACCCAAAACUGCACAGGACCUUCCAAUUUACAAUAUAUGAAACAAUUAUAUGAUCAUUCAAAAAAUAAUGACAUAUAUAAACACAAAAUGAAAGCAAAAAACCUUAAAAGUUUGAAAACAAGAUUGAAAAAAUUGAUGAUUAUUUACCACGGACUAAGAUAUCUUAGUCAUCUUAGUCCGUGGUAA